AUGACUGAGCCACCCUCAAAACGUAGAAGGGUUGAACUGUCUCUACAAGACAAAAUAAAGAUUGUAAAGGAAUAUGAGUCUGUUCCUAAACCAUCUUUGAAGUCAUUGUCUGAGAAGUAUGGGAUAGGGAAGUCCACUGUCGGUGACAUUAUAAAGAAGAAAGAUCUGUUGAAAAGUAACUGGGAAUCAAACAUGUCUUCAAACAAAAGUCGUUUCAACUAUGAUGCUAAAUUUGAUAAACUUAAUGAACUUGUGUGGCAAUGGUUUUGUGUAGUUCGAGCUAAGAAUUUACCAGUGUCAGGGCCAAUUAUUCAAGAGAAAGCUAAGAGUUUCGCGACAGAGUUAGGUGUUAGUGAUUUUAAGGCAUCAAAUGGCUGGUUAGGUAAAUGGAAAGGACGCUAUUCAAUCAAGGAAUUUAAAAUUUCCGGUGAAAGUGCAGGUGUAAAGGUUGAUGAUGUUGAUGGAUUUAAAGCGCGUAUUCCAGAGUUUAUUGGGGAUUACGAUAUGAAAGAUGUGUUUAAUUGUGAUGAAACAGGCCUGUAUUACAGAGCUCUUCCAGACAAAACGUUAUCAGCUAAGGGAUCACUGACAAAAGGGUCUAAAGUGUCUAAAGAAAGAAUAACAGUGAUGUUCACAUGUAGUGCACUUGGGGAAAAAUUGAAACCUCUAGUUAUAGGAAAGUUUGAAAAUCCUAGAUGUUUUAAAAAUGUCAAUAAGAAAAAUCUUGGUGUGAAAUAUGUUGCUAACAAAAAAGCAUGGAUGAAUAGCCACGUUUUCAAAACUUGGAUAAAUGAACUGAAUUCAGAAAUGCGCCGCCAAGGAAGAAGAAUUCUUCUCAUGCUUGACAAUGCUUCUUCACAUGGUAAAGAGGAUGAUUACAAACUCUCUAAUGUAUGUGUAAAGUUCUUGCCCGCAAACACUACGUCACACCUUCAGCCAUUAGAUCAGGGCAUUAUAAGAACAUUUAAAGCUCAUUACCGGAGAUACCUACUGAAAUCAUUGAUCAGUUUAAUGGACGACAGUGCAAAUGUGACUGAACUGUGUAAAAAUGUCAAUCUAAUGGAUGCUAUUUCGUGGACAUUGAAAGCAUGGAAUGAUAUCAAAAAGGAAACAAUUAUGAAGUGCUUUAGAUGUGUUGGAUUUGGUAAUGAUGAAUGUACAACUGGCCAGUCUAUGGAUGAUGAAGAUGAGUAUGAGGAUGACAAUGUACCACUAGCAUUGUUGGUGCGAGAACUGAGUUACAAUAUGCAGGACUUUGAGAACAUUGAUUUAAGUUUGCCAACCGAAGAUGACAGUGACCAAUGGGAAAUGAACAUUGUAGAAUCAUUCAGGACAGAUGAGACUAUUGAGGAUGAUAGUGAAAAUAUAGACUGUGAAUUAAGUGAAACUCCCUUGCCCGGAAGUGAAAUGAGUCAGAAGGAGGUGCUCCAAACUCUUAUGAAGUUAAAAAACUUUGCUUUGGAAAAAGAUAGUGAUCUAUUGGAUGGUGUUCUCCAACUACAGACUAUGAUGGAAGACAAAAUUGUUAAAGCCAGAUGUUCACAAAGACAAUUAACAAUGCAUGAUUUCUUUGUCAAAUGUUAA